AUGGUGUGUGAGAAUCGUAGUCGUGGUAGGAGAGAGCGUUCCUCUCGUGAAGGGCUGGGGGCUUCUCGCGGUGGUGUCGGUGAGUCCCGUGGCGGGGGAGAAGGUGCCUCUCGUAGUCAUGAUGGAAGUGGUUCUCAGAGAACUGGCGAGGGCGAUUCCCGAGGAGGUGGUGGAGCUCCCCGCGGGAGUAUUGUGGGGAGUUCCCUAGGGAGUGGCAAAGGCUCGUCUCGUGGAGUUUCGAGUAGGGUUGAGCGACUCAUGGUCGCUGAUGUACCUGAAGCGGAGGUCAUUAAAGUAUUGGAUAUCUACCGUUCGCCACUGGGGCGGUUACUCCUUGGCGCUACGCGCAUUGAUCAACAGGGUCCGAGUAUGACUGAAGAGCAGAUUGCCGAGAUGAGGACCGCUUGGGCCAUUCCGGACAAUAUCUCGUUACGUCCCUUAAGGGAUGGUGAAACGUUCAGCCACCCCCAGUUAGGAUGGGCGUGCUUUUAUGAGUAUCAGCUCAGGUGUGGGUUGAGUUUCCCGAUACCGGAGGAGUUGCAGUAUCUGCUAUAG